UGCCAAAGAUUCAAAUAAAAAAUUUUAAAUAAAUUAAAAAAGAAGUUCUCAACUUUUUUUGACACUUUUUUUGAUGCUUUCCCUUUGCGGCCCGCAGCGAUUUUUAAUGGCAGUCAUUCAAUAUUCAAAGAUUUGCUCCGUCUGAGCACAGAUGAAUCUUCAUCUUCAGCCUUUGUAUCAGUAUACACUUCUCAGAGUUGACUCAUGGAAGUCUCAUUACUUCUGCCCUCUUAUGGUUCAAGCUCUCACAUAAAAACAUAAUGAUCCAAGCUGUUUCUGUUGUCUGCUGCGUCCGUCAACGAUUUUUUUUUUUUUUUUUUUGAUGAUCUAAGUCUCCUCAGUUUCCAUCCUCAGAAAGUAGAGGAUAAUUAUGGGAGUAAAAAGGCUCACUAUCAGAGCAGAUUAACAACAUCUCACUAGGCUGAACUCACUCCCUUUUAUCUCCUCAAACGCAGUGGAAGAGAAGACGAGUUACGCAACUCCCACCUUAGGGAUCCAGCCGACUUUCCACCCAACUUCUGUCUGUCUCUGCAUGUCUAGGGUGUCUGCUAGUCCUCUGCUAUUUGAUGUGCGAUUGAAGCAGCCAUGCGACCGGGGAGAGAAGGAUGUGCCUGUUGUUCGCAGCCUCUUUGCUCUGUUCCCUUGAGGGACGAGUUUCAUGGCAGUUGGACCUUUCCUGGUUCUACAUUUAACACCUUCUCAAAUCGCAGUGCCAAGGGAGAAGUGUGGAGCUCCUCUGGACUAAAAACAACCAAAGCAAAAACUGGAUCUUUGAUCAAACAGUGCAGUGUCUGGAUCAAAUCUUAAUACCAACAUGAUAUCUGUAUAAACAUGGGAAAUUAUCCAGAAGUAGUUACUGAUGGGAGCUUUCUUUACUUGAAUGUAACAUUUAAACUGCUUUGGUAGGGCCCUGUUUGAUGUUUCUGAGCUGUUCAUAUUGCAUUGCCUUUUAUAUCUGUAAUGUUUACAUUGGAUUACAUAUUAAUCUCAGUAAUAGGGCAAAAGUUUAUUGCAUUUUCCCCUUUCAAACGGUAUGUACACACCACCGUACAAAACCAGAAAUGUGAUUUUUAAACAUUUCUCUCAGAAAAGCCUGUAUACCUGCAUUUCUGUAAAAGGUUAUUUGUAGAGCAUUUUUAUUGUUAGUGGACAAAGAAAUGUUUAGUAAAGAUUCAACAAGCAGCAAACAUUACAGGCAGAUUUAUUUAUCUACAGUAUAUAGUCCAACAUAGCAUGCUUUUAUUCAAGUGUCAUAUACAUAGCAUGCUUUUAUUCAAGUGUCAUAUACAAAUCACAUGGCCAGCCCAUGUGAUCCUUGCAGUACAAAGACAGAAAAAAAAUCAUAGCAGCACGCAAAUAUAGAUCUUCCUAUGUCAUACGCAGAGUACCACGCUUAAGAAAUGUAACAUGAUCCAAGAGCUUCAGGAGUUGAUGGUAGUGCUAUUACAAGUGAUAGCUCUAUCAAUCUCAGGACUUUUGGGCUUUAAAAGUUCUUCAGGUUAUAGUAAAAGUACAGAAAUCUGUCUCAUAUUAACAUGUACUUGGAUUUAUUAGCCACUAGAUUUUUUUCAAGGUGAGCAUGCACCUGAAUUCAAUGCUGCAAUGACAGCUGAAAGGGGAAUGUGACACAUUUUUAGAAACCGCAUUAUCCCUGCUCCUAGGACAGCUCAGCUGAAAUUCAUGAACAUGCACCUCUAUUUCCUGAAGCUACAAAACUGGAGAACUGCCCCCUGAGAGUCACUGAAAGAUGUAAUAUCUCCCACGGCUCCAUAAUCAAUGAAUAGGUACUGUUAUUUUUUAAGAUUUUUGAGUUUUUGCCCCCAAAGUAGGUAAAUCUGGUUUGUACAUGCUUGUACUGUUAUAAAAUGUAUGUUUUAGUGCUGCAGUUCAACUUAGUAUUAAAUGGCUCAACAAAAUCAGAGCUUCAUUGUCUAUGGAACAGCCCCAAAUUUCACAGUCUCUAAUAUGUCUAUGUCAUAAUAUUUUGCAUGCCAAACAAUUGGAAAUCAGGAGAAAAAAACCUGAUUCCAGCUUAUUUAUAUAAAUGUGUAUAGUCAGUAUUGCUAUUGUCCUCCAAUGGUCUCCUGUAUAUGCUCUAUUUGAUACUAUAGGUGUUCUUUUAUAGGGAAUUACAUUACAACAACACACUGCCCACGGAGUGGUACCUAGUAACAAUUCUAAAUAUUAAAAGUGAAAUUAAACCACAGAAGCAAAGAGGUGAUAGUACAGAGCUGUGCUGCUUCCUCAGGGCCUGACAAUUGAGCCAUCAUUUGAUAUAAAAUUAUACAGCGUGUCACCUCUCAUCUAAAUGUGGCCCACCCCCAGAUACUGUAGGCACACUAAAAUUAUAAAGAACAGCUGCUGCACGUGACAAGAGAUGAUUCAAAAGCUAUGAAAUGAAACACGGCUUGAACAGAAGGCAAAAGCACCUAAAUUACUUUUUCUCCCAAGAAUUACAUUUAGGAUAUGAUACAUUUUGUAACACAGUAGCUUUGUAUGAGCAAUAGAGAUUUUUUUAGAUUGUUGUUUUUAGGGGGACCUAACCAGUUAGUAUGGACACAUCAUCACAAAUUAUGUGUAUAUAUUGAUACAAAGCUGCAUUGAAAAUAGUGCAGAAAAUAGCACCAGCACAGCAUACUGUUACGAAAUAUAAGAAUCCUAAUAUCUCAGAGCAUAACUGACAUGUAACUACACUAUUAACCAACACAUACAGUGAGUGCAUCCAGGAAAGUGAAAACUUGCCAUAUGACACGGGAACAUGGCAUUUUUAUGGCUUCUUUUAGACUGCAUUUUUUAAUCAUCAUUCUAUUUUAUGACACUUCUAACUUAUAGUCUUUUCUGAUUUGUAAGACAGAGAGAUAGACAGACUGAUAACAAAAAUUACUUUAUUCUUAUGAGUCAUUAUUGGUGCACAGAGCUCCACCUUAAACACACCAGUAGUGGUCACUAACAAGCCUGAAAGUCCUCUAAUCUACACUAUGUGAUCAGAAAGUGACAUAUGGUGUUUGUACGUCAGUGUGUUUCCUGUGCCAGUCAGGACACCACACAGCGGGGAUUGAACUGGGUAUCGCUCUGGGUGACUGCCUUUUCAACUUUAUCUCAACUCUGCUGUUGGUUCUCACUCAGUUAAAUAGCUUAGUACCAUUCAAGAGCAGAUCAACAUGCUUACAGGUCAGGGUGUUAAUAGGAGGACCUUAGCGUUUUCCACUGAGGCUGAUAAAGGCCAGGUGGACAUGGGGAGUUAUAAAGGGGAAAGGUAGCCAAGUGGAGAUGUUCUCUGUACCUGUAUAGUCCUAAAGGCCUAGGCCCUUUUCAUCAACUACCAGCUGCUCUGCUGCACUGAGGCCUCAAACACAGGUAAGCAAGUUUCUCUUCAUUCCCUCAAGAUUUCAACUUUUAAAAUUUAUAUGUAUAAUAACCAGGGAUGAAAGUAAAGAGUAGCACGGGCACAAUCUAUAAUUCAACCAAUCUACCGUGCCAAGGAGCCUGGCAUACAGCCACGAGGGAUAGAGGAGUGACGGGCCAGAUAGAGCGCUCUGCCAGUGUUGUAAUGCCUGGCAGAAGUGCAUUGUUAAAGACACUGUUAAAAUGAUUCAUUUUUAAUCCAAUAAUCUGCAGUACACUAUAAGAUGUCCACAAAAGGUCUAUAUAGUUUCUAGAUGACUGCUAAAUAUGUUUUUCACCUUGAAAAUGGAGCUGAACUUCCAACCCGGUAGAAUAUCCAUCACAAAUUGGAUUUAACUAAUAACACUAAUAACAAUUCUGUAAUCUUGGACAGAUCAUUCCCACUCUUGAGCACUAUAGCUGCUAAGCUGGACAGCAAGCUGGGGACUGACCUUGAGGAUACACUGACAGUAUCCACAGUGAUUAUUUGGGGACAUUCUUUCCAGCUUGUAAUAGAUGGCAUUUUGAUAAACAAACACUCACCUGGGAAUGAAAGUAUAGCAAAAAAAUAACAUUAUAAAUAACAUUAAACAUAACCUUGGAUGGCUGAUCUCUAAAAUGCUGUUUGCAAAUAUGAACAAAGAAAUGUCCAACAUCAAAAUGAAACCAUUAGCUUUAAAACUAUCCAAUUCUUUGGAUAGAAAUUAGAAGUAUGCUUACCACGUCACCCCAGUAAAGACCACAUAUCAAGAUGUCAUUUUUGCACUCAUCGCUUUUUUCGCCUGCUUAGGCUCAUGCUAAUUUGGAUGAUUUAGAGAUUUGAGUCAAAUGUCAUCCAUUGACUUGUCCUCAGACCUUGUUUCACCACGGCUUUUCAUCCUGGCCUUUGAAAGAAUGCUUUGUUACGUUUUCUGCUACUUUCAAAGCCCUUAUUAUGAGUUGUGGCAUUGCCUGUCUGAAGCUAUCUGGUGGAAUUUCACAGGAACAUUGCGAAAUAUCUAUAUCUAAAGUUUGUAAAAGAAAGUGGUCUUGUAAUGCCUUUCAGGGAGUGUCAUUUCAAGAAAGGUCUGAUCGAAUCUGAACAUCACUUCAUCCUUUAGCUUUCAACCAUCUGGCCUCGAGGUAUUAAGUAUUGAUAGGUGGAUUCAGUUUUAUUCUGUCUUUGAAACCUAGCAUAAUAAAAAUUUUAUCUAAUGUGUGAGCUUUUCUUUUUGUCCUCUGUCCAAGAGGUCUCCCUCCUAUGGCCAGGGUACUGUGGGCGGUGUCCAUGCUGUUACUGCUGGUGCUCCACUCUCCAGGGGUGUCCUCGGCCCCCGCCCAGCACCUGUGUGGCUCCCACCUGGUGGACGCCCUCUACUUUGUAUGUGGAGAACGGGGCUUUUUCUACAGUCCAAACCAGCCCCACAAGCGGGAUCUGGAACAUCUGCUCGGGAUCCUGUCGAAAAGGGCCCGACAGGAGCAGCGUCUGUGGAGGGCUCUGUCUGGCCGCGAUGAGCCCAAGGUGAAGAGAGGCAUCGUGGAGCAGUGCUGCCAUAAGCCAUGCAGCAUUUACCACCUGGAGGGCUACUGCAACUGACACUCCACAACUAGCACCAAUCAUAGCUUGUAAAAAGUCAAUUUCUGGCCCAAUACUUGCUGGCUAUGUCUUAUCAACUGAAGGAAAUAAAGCUUCAUGACCUAUAA